UCAGACAUCAGAAAACUCCACCUUGCAAUCUUGAGCCACAAGCACAUCUUUUAGGAGGGAAUCCUAUCCCAUAACGAACUGACCUCGAAUAGCUUCAGUUAACAGGAAGAAACGCUGAAGCCUCAAGAACACGACAGAGAAACUAAAUCUGAGGGGAGCUCUGAGAAUCGUUCAGUUGUUAGUCAUAGCCACUGCUUCUCUACUGGGAAUGAUGCUAGUCUGGAGUUUUAAGAUCAUGAAGAAAAGACAACUCUUCUGGGCAACCUUCUGUGUUUUGUGCCUGCUGGAAAAUCCAGUUUCUGGUGAUGUUCCAUCCUAUUCAAGUACUAUUUCGCCAACUGCUACCACCACUGAGAAGUUGACGACAAUCAUUACUCCUGGCUCUACUUCUAAUUCUAUCUUUUUAAAUUCUAUAGUUACAACACCACUAGCAGAAACUUUAAGCAGUGCUACCAAGCCAGAAAAUAAGACACUUGUCCAUAGCACACCAACACACUUAACUUCUACAAAUACAACAGCAGAGUCAUUUACUACACCGUGGAAUGGCACAAUGACUCCUGCCAAUGAGACAACAAUGACUCAAAAUCCAACUUCAACACCACAUCUGACACAUGAUCAUACUGAGACAACAACAUGUAAUUCCACUGACUUUCUUAUCACAGCCACAACUGAUAACAGCAAUGCAACGUUCAACAUCAAAUGUGUGAAAAUCAAGCAGCUGGAUACCACCACUGAAGUGAUAUGCUUGGAACUCAAUGUGGCCCACUUGUGUGAAAACUUUAAAACAAACAAAGGGGAAGAACUGAGCAAAUUGGUUUGUAAAAAAAAAGAAAUGCCAUGUCUCAUUGAACUAGCAGACUCUGAUGUGAAUCGCCACUGCAUGUUGUUGGUUGCCGUUAACGAUAAAGGUGCAAAAGCAUUGGGUGGCUUUCUGAAUGACAAGCAACCUGAUUUGAAAGCGCUUGGGAUAAAGUCCCACAAGCGGGAACCCAUUGAGACUCACCAGGUCCAUUCUCAGAAGACCCUUAUUGCCUUGGUCACCACUGGCCUGCUAUUGGCAUUUUUAGGAUUGGCUGGAUAUUAUCUUAUGAAACGACGAAGCUGGAGUCCCAUGGGAGAGAGGCUGGGUGAAGAUCCAUAUUACAUCGAAAAUGAUAGCCAUGGCAACCCUGUGAUCCCUGUGGCCUCUCAUGAACAGUCUGACCUGCAGGAUAAACCAAAUCUCAAUGGAGGGGCUCGGGAAAAUGGGACUGGCCAGCCAACCUCAAAAAAUGGACACUCAACCAGGCCCCAGGUUGUUGCUGACACAGAACUGUGAAAAAGCCAUGGCCUUCUUAAUGCAACUGGAAAAGCUCGACUGCACAUACAGAGGAGCUAGGAUGCAAGAAUGUCCUAAAUGAAAUUAUAAUACCUUUUUUUAGAAAAAAAAUCUUUAACAUCUCACACUAAAGCAUACAUUUUUCAGAGGGUGACACAGCACUUGUGUAUGAAAAUUGUAAAAAUAGCAAACUGCUUCAGUGGAAUUAGGCAUGUUCCUAAUGCACGUGGAGUUUUGGGCUUUCUAAUUUUUUUAUUUUUAAAUGUGACAUCCCUCACAAUAGUUCAUCCAAGGAAAAUGUGAGGCAUGUUUCCUAGAAAUUAAAGGAGAUAUUUUACUAUUAGAGAUUUGCUUAAUAUCUACCUGAUGCUACUUAGAGUAAGGAAGGACAUGAUCACUUUUUAAAUAUGUAAUUUUAAUUUAAUAUUAAAAUAUAACGGAAAUAUAACAUUGAUGGCCCCAGAGUAGCAUGCAGCCUUUGAAAGUCCCUAGAGACCUCAAAAAUGACAUCACCAAAUUGUAAUUUGUAACUGCAAUUAUUAAAUAAUUAUAAGCACUAUACAUUUAUCGAUUUAAAUAUAAAUUUAACUAUAAACAAAAAUUUAGUUCCUGUCCUGGCCCCAAUCACUAUUUUUCAUGGAGCAUAUCCCCUAGCUUGUCACUCAAAGGUCAGUGUAGACCUAUCCUCAGAUAAAGCUCUGCCCAGUUGUGCAGUGAGACUUACCAAUACAUAGUGAGGUAUUCUAAGUUCUAAUGCACAUGAUCAUUUUACACAGCAAAGUCAACCUGAAUGAAUCAGUUCUGUGAAUGCUCAAAUAUGCGGCCAUAUUAUGACUUGUCAUAAGCCAUAUUUUACAUGUUUCAAGAUAAAAGGAUUUGUCACUUUGGUCCAUGUUUAUCUGUUACAACUUUGGGAAACAUCCCAAUGCUAUUAUUCUUUGGUAGGGUAUCAAUACCCAUCCCCAUAUCCAACUAAGACUGUCUUUCUUGCCUUUCUGCAUAUAUGCUGUGCUGCAAUUUGUACUUAAUGUAAACUGAUUGUAACUCUGCAACUCAUCAGAAGCCUUCUGAAAUAUGGCUGAAGCAGUUCUUAAACAACACAAAAUAAACUCUUCACUAGAUUUGAAAGAA